AUGAGAUUCUCAUAUGGCACUCCUUUCAAUUGCAUCAGUAUACCUCCACCCUUGGUCACAGAAAGUUUUUUAAGGACUUGUGAAGAUCCGUUCAUAUACCAAAAUAAAAUAUUAAUCAUCGUCCAAAAUAUUAUGUGUUUUAUACAUGACAAAUAUAAUAUUAUCCGAAUAUUUAUUAUUUAUACAGUUACUUCAAAUGUUUACGUAUCAUCGGUCACCAACGAUACUACAUAUUUUCAGACAAGACAACUCAGUGGCCAACAGUAUCGUCUGGACUAUAAUUUACAGAAUCACACGAAAUAUGAAGAAAAAAUUUCAGACCGGUCAAGAACACUAUUCGAUUGGAAUAGUCCAAGAGUUUUAUCGAAAGAAGAAAUAAAAGUUCAGUCGAAUGCAAAUUUGGAAACUGAGAGAGUUGAGAACAAUGUUUGGUGGCCGUGGAAAAACUAUAACGAUUGGUUGAAUGGUAGAGGAUUAAAAUCAGAGCAACCAAAAAAAUCUGAAAAGAAGAUUCAAAAGGAAAAAAAACAUAAAAAGAAGAACAGGAAAAAUGAAAGAAAAAAAAAGAAGUCAAGACCUGGUAAAAAAUUAAACACCACAGUCGAAAGCAGUGAUAAAUUUUCGGUCAAUGCCGAAGACAACGAAAUCAUAAAAAAAGAAUCAAUACCCGAAAUACUUUACAAAGCAUCGCCGAUUGAUAUAAUUUUAAGAAAUUCUUCUUUAGUUCCAGCCUUGGUGAAAUAUACAUCCAGAAAUUAUACUUAUGAUGUAAACGAAUGCUUGACAAAUAACGGAGGUUGUGAAGGACUUUGCAUCAACACUCCAGGAUCGUACAGGUGUCAUUGUCCGCCCGGCUUUAUGGUAGCAGACACCAAAUGCGAAGACAUUGAUGAAUGCUUGUUGCGCAACGGGCAUGGACCAUGCCAAGGCGCGUGCACCAACACCUGGGGCGGUUACAAGUGUUCGUGUCACGGCGUACCAGGCACACGGUUGGCCAACGACCGGCACACUUGCGACGACGUGGACGAGUGUCGGGACGGCACGGCCGGGUGUUCGCACCAGUGCAUCAACACGGUGGGAUCCGCGUUCUGCGUGUGUCCGGAUGGAUUGCAGUUGGACGACAGCUGGAAAACGUGCGUGGACGUGGACGAGUGUUCGGACCCGGAGCUGCAGCAGUCGCCGGACAUUUGCUCCGAACGUGGUUUGACGUGUCUCAACACGUACGGCUCAUAUAAAUGUGUGACGUAGUGCCUAAUGCCUACAUUAUGAAUUACAAAAUAUAUUAUUAUAGAUGCUGUACGAUGCUAUAAUAUAACCACAUUCAAUAUUAAUACAACACUGCUAGCAGCAUACGCAUGAUAAUUAUCUAAACUCACCAAUAUUAAUUUACUAGUCAGAGUGCUGUUGUUGUUGCAGUUGUUGCUGUUGUCUGUUGGCUAUUGUUAUUAAUUAUUAUAUAACCCAUUGGUCCCAUAUUGUUAUUAUUAUUAUUAUUAUUAUUAUCAUUUUUUUACACCAUAAUUUGUUAAAUUUUUUUAUGCUUUUGAUAUUUUACAAAUGUUUUUAAUACACAUGUAUACACUAUACACGCACUAGCCUUACAAAUCAACGACUAAUAAUUACCAUUAAAAUAAUAAUAUAUAUAAUUACGUUUGUCACAAUA